AGUUAAAAAACGAAAAUUUUUCGAAAAUCUACAAAUAUACAUUCAUAUAUUCACUUCUAUUAAUUAUUAAGAAUUAAUACAAUUUCAAUUUUGAAUUUACAUCAUUGAAUUUUUUCUAAAUUUUGAAGUUACAUCAUAAUGAUUUUACAAAGGUACAAAAUAUAUAAAAAUUAUAAGUAUUAUUAUCAGAAAAUAUUAUUUAAUAGAACAUUUUCUGUAGCUACACAAACUGAGACAAAUAAUGAAAUAACACUAUUAGGCCAUAAAUAUUUAACGGAUAAUUGGACAAAUAUUAAUGAAAAUAUAAUAUCCAAAUUAGGAAGAAAUUUACAUAUUUCUCCAUAUCAUCCUUUAUCUUAUAUUCGUCAACAUAUUAUUAAUUACUUUUAUAUACAUUUUCAUAAUCGUAUUGGAAAUCCUAUAUUUAGUGUAUAUGAUAAUAUAUCUCCUGUAGUUACAGUAACUCAAAAUUUUGAUUCUCUUCUUGUAUCAAAAGAUCAUCCAUCUAGAAAACAAUCUGAAUGCUAUUAUAUAAAUCAGGAUACUUUGUUACGAGCUCAUACAACAGCUCAUCAAACAGAAUUUAUUUCAAUGGGUUUGAAUAAUUUUCUUAUAAUAGGAGAUGUUUAUCGAAAAGAUGAAAUAGAUUCUACACAUUAUCCUGUUUUUCAUCAAGCAGAUGCUGUUAGAUUAUGUACAGCAGAAGAAGUAUUUCACAAUGUAAAUGAUUCUGAAGGAUUAAAAUUAUUUGAACAUAAAGGUGUAGAAAGUAAUGAAAAACAAGCUUGUCAUACUUUGGAAUCUAUUAAAAUAAUGGAAUAUGAAUUAAAAAAUACUUUAACAGGUUUAGCAAAAUCACUCUUUGGAUCAGAAAUUCAAUGUAAAUGGGUUGAACAAUAUUUUCCUUUUACUCAUCCUUCAUGGGAAUUAGAAAUUUAUUAUAAAGAUCAAUGGCUUGAAAUAUUAGGAUGUGGUAUUAUGCGUCAGGAGAUUUUACAGAAAUCAGGUGCAGGAGAAUGUAUUGGAUGGGCAUUUGGAUUGGGUUUAGAAAGACUAGCUAUGUGUCUAUAUGAUAUUCCAGAUAUUAGAUUAUUUUGGAGUAAAGAUAGUGGAUUUUUAAAUCAAUUUAAAGUUGAAGAUCCUAAUAUGACAAUAAAAUUCAAGCCAAUUAGUAUUUAUCCUCAAUGUAAGAAUGAUAUAAGUUUUUGGUUACCCGAAAAUAAAAGUUAUUCAUCGAAAAAUUUUUAUGAUCUAGUGAGAGAUAUUGGUGGUGAUAGGAUAGAACAAGUUAUAUUAAAAGAUGAAUUCUUUCAUCCUAAAAUUAAAAAAUUAUCACAUUGUUAUACUAUAAUAUAUAGAGAUAUGGAACGUACAUUAUCAAAAAGAGAAGUAAAUAAUAUUCACAACGAAAUAGGUAAAAAAGCAGCUGAAAAAUUAGAUGUUACAAUUAGAUCAUAAGAAAUAUAAGCAAAAAGAAUUAUUGUUUAUUUUUUUUUAAUGUUAAUUGUAUAUAUUUAAUUGUAUAUAUUGAAAAAAAAAUAGAAUAAUGAAUAAAUUCAAAAAAUUCAAAUGAAUAUAUUAUUACAUUUUCUACAUAAAUUAAUUAUAAAUAUGUCAUUAGAUGAAAUAUUAUUUAUCUAUAAAUAGUAGGAUAAUUAUAUAAUCUACAAUAUGAUACAUUUCAUUAACAUCAUAAUUAACAACAAUUACAUCUAGAUCUACAUUACAAUUUACGCGUGAAUAUAAAAAUUAUUUAGUAUAGCAGUAUAUAUUCAUGAUAAGUAAAUUAUAUUACAUUAUAUUAUAAGUAAAAAUAAUAAAUUUUAUUUAAAAUAUAAAAUAAAAAUGUUAUCAAAAAAAGAAAAUGAUAAUAGAUAAAAAUCUCGAUCUUUAAUUCGUAAAAAAAUUUAACUUUGCAUAUGUUUAUUUGUAUUUAUUAAAUAUAUUAAGAAAAUCUCAAAUAAAACAUAUGCUUUUAAUUUGUCUUAUAAACUUAUUAUAUGAAUUAAAAUACUGUAAAUAAUAUGCAAUCAAAUAUACAUAAUAAACACGAAAUGAAAACGAAUCAAAUGCUACACAUGAAUAUAUUUUAAAAACAAAAAUUAUUGUUUACUAAAAUAAAUAAAGAAAAUAUAUAUCUAA